CGGGCCGCCCCCGGCCCCCCGGCCGUCCCCGGCCCCGCCAUGUGGGAGCUCCGGUCGGUAGCCUUUUCCCGCGCGGUCCUGGCCGAGUUCCUGGCCACCCUCCUCUUCGUCUUCUUCGGGCUGGGUUCGGCCCUGGACUGGCCGCCGAGGCCUCCCAGCGUGCCGCAGAUCGCACUGGCCUUCGGGCUGGCCAUCGCCACGCUAGUGCAGGCCCUGGGCCACGUGAGCGGGGCCCACAUCAACCCGGCCGUGACCGUGGCCUGCCUGGUGGGCUGCCGGGUCUCCGUCCUGCGAGCCGCCUGUUACGUGGCCGCCCAGCUGCUGGGGGCCGUGGCCGGGGCCGCCCUUCUCCAUAAGCUCACCCCUCCGGACGUCCGCGGAAACCUGGCCAUCAACGGGCUGACCAAUAACACAACGUCAGGGCAGGCGGUCACAGUGGAGCUCUUUCUGACGCUGCAACUCGUCCUCUGCAUCUUCGCCUCCACCGACGAGCGGCGCAGUGACACCCUGGGCACCCCCGCCCUCUCCAUCGGCUUCUCCGUGGUCCUAGGACACUUGCUGGGGAUCCACUACACCGGCUGUUCCAUGAACCCUGCCCGCUCCCUGGGGCCGGCGGUCAUCGUGGGCAACUUCGACGAUCACUGGGUCUUCUGGAUCGGGCCACUGGUGGGUGCCAUCCUGGGCUCCCUCAUCUACAACUACCUCCUGUUCCCGCACGCCCUGAGCCUGUCUGAGUGCCUGGCCACGCUCAAGGGGCUGGAGCCGGACGUGGACUGGGAGGAGAGGGAGGCCCGGAGACGCCAGUCAGUGGAACUCCACUCGCCCCAGACCCUACCUCGGGGGAGCAAAGUCUGAUCAUCGACACCACCACCCCCAAAACGCCGCCUGGAGCCCCACGAGGAGCCCCUGGGACGCUCAGAGAUCACCUUCCUCCUGCUUCUCCCUCUCCCUUUUCCGGUCCCCCAUGUCUGAAAUGUCGGCCCCUUUUGCAGGAUAAACUUGCUGCUUCUGGGCAAGCCGCUCAAGGGGGAGAAGAGAUUGGGAGUGCAGAAACGCCUCUCUUACUGGGAGACCACCCUGGAAGCCUGGCUCUGACUCUGAGAAUGCCCCUCCAGCAGUGGAGGGGCAGGAGAGGGGCAGGGAGGGGAAGGGAGGUGGGUGCUGCUUUGUGGAGCACCGGCCCAAGGGCUGAGACCCUCAGGGACCCGAUGACAAGAGUGAGGGGUAGGGGCUGCUGAGGGAUGGGGGUCUG